CAAUAACUCUGCUCCUGCCAUGGCGCACAUGGCCGUCCCAUUCCCUUUUGCCUCUUACGGCUACUUACACAAACCAGUAGCUUUUCAUUGCCUUUAAUCCAAAAAUACCCUUCUUUCGUCACUCCCUUUUACUCCUCCUCCUCCUCCUUCUUCUUCACAACUCACAAGAAACAACAACCCACAGGCAGAGAAGAAUUCACAUUAACACACCAGCUACAGAGCUCUGUAAUUCAUCACCAUGAGCUCCUCCAUCCGCGACGACGACGACGACUACGCAGAUCUCCAUCGUCACGACGGCCACAUGAGCAGCGUAUCGCCCCGCUUCUUCAAGGUCAUCGUUCACGACACCCUCCGCGACAAAAAGCUGAUGCUGCCAAAGAAGUUCACUUCGAUACUGAAGCAGGAGACGGGCCGCGAUCCGCCAAAGCAAGCCACGCUCGGCCUCCCCAACGGCACGGCGUGGGAUAUGGAGGUUGUUGUUGCGGUCGACGACGGCGGCGGAGUUUGGCUGCGGAAUGGGUUCGCGAGUUUCGCGGAGUACUGCUCUCUGGAGCACGGCUGCCUCCUGCUUUUCAAGCACCGCGGGGAGUUUCAGUUCUCCGUGAGGGUUUACGGAAACACGGCCGUGGAGAUCCGGUAUCCUUCCGAUUCGACGGCUGCUUCGCGGAGUUCCGGCGGUGACGGGAAGGAUGAGGAGGAUCUGUUUUCCGACCUGCCGGAGGAGGAUGUUAGCAGCAGUUUUGAGGACGGUGGUCCCGGUGGUGAUGAUGACGAGGAGGAUGAGGACAGUGAUUACGACUACUCUGAGGAGAGCUCUGAAGGGGAUGAUGAGUUCGAGGGCACGAGCUGGAGCAACUCAACCGGAAGAAAGAAGAAGAACAACAAAAACAAGAAGAAGCAAACUGCAGCAGCGUCGUCUUCUCAACGGCACCGCGGCGAGCCCUCUUCGUAUCCGAGCUGCGGCAGGCCACCAUCCUCCAACGACGCCUCGAUCGGCGUGCCUCCGUCGUUCACCGCCACCAUGACCGAGACUUACAUCAGCCUCCGUCAGGCGUACAUACCGCGGGAGUUUUCCGAGAGGUACAUGAAGGAGAGCGAGCGCGUGGGGCUGAAGGUCGGGGAGAAAGUGUGGGAGAUGAAGCUGACGAAGCUCGGCGGCGAGGAGCGGAAGCGGAAGAACACCAGGAUCACGGGCGGAUGGACCAGUUUCGCCAGGGACAAUAACCUCAGGAUCGGUGACGUCUGCUUCUUCCAGCUCUUUGACUCUGCUCGUCAUCACUACUGUCGCCGUCCGUUGCUGCACGUCACCAUCCUGAGGAACCCCGGCCACCAGGGCGGCCACCACCACCACGUCUUCUGAUCCAAUUCAGCCAUCCGCUUCAUGUGUUAGUGAUUAAUUCCAUAAAUUAAUCACUAGUCACUGUUCAGUACUGUUGUUAGUUGUGUUUGUUAUCUUAUAAAUUAGGAGUUGUGACUUUGAUUUCUAGAUGGUUCCUCACCUAGAUUUGUCGGUACUGAUUUAUCAAAUGACUGGCGUUGUUGCUUGUGAGAACGUGGGGAUUGACGGAUUGUCUCCUGGAUGUGUCAUUUCUUCUAGUGCGUAACUUUUGGAAAAAGGAUUGAAAUGUUCUUAGAUUAUAAGGUUUCGUGUCAUUUGUGUUCCUAAAUUUUGUGCUGGCUGUUUAGAGUUGAUAUUUGACUUAAUGAAGGUUAGAGUAUCGUUAGUUUUCAUGAUGAUGAUGAUGAUGCCAAAUGUGUCAUCCACCUAAGCAUGAAAAUUUGUUGCUAUAUUUUUUUCAAUAAUUGUAAACCUGUACUGAAGGUUGUACCGAAAAAAGUUAGUCGUAGGAC